AAUAAUUUUUUUUUUUUAAAAAAACUCUUUCUUUUUUACUUGUGAAACAUGCAACCUCUCAAGAUCUUCAAGAAACAUCACAAGCACAUCAACAACCCUUUUCCUUCUCAACCAAAAACUCUACCUUUCAUCCAUGGAUCCCUGUCCUUCAAUCCAGGCAAAGUCCCCCAACACUAUACCUUCCAAGUUGGUGAUGAUUUCCUGGUGAAUUGGAGCUCUGGCAAUGGUGGUUGGCUCUAUAUAUCUCACCUUUCUCAGCCUAAGAGAAGCUUGUGGUCUACCAUCCCUGGUCAGGCCUUCAUCUCAGCUGCAGCUGCUCAGACUGAAGUGGAGGAGAGCAGAGGUUCCUUUGCCAUACAUGAUGGUGAUGUUUCCUUUGUCUCAAAUCAUCAGUCUAUUGAUGAAAUCAGAGUUUUGUAUCAAUCUGAUAUUGAGAAGAAAUCAAAGGAUCCUGAUUUUUUGCAUGGUUACUUCAAAGUAAAUGAUUCUUUUGAGGGGAUAAAGUUCCCUGUUUUGAUUAUAACUGGAUGGGUUUUCAGUAAGAGAAAGAAGGAGAAGAGAAUUUAUAGUAGUUUUUAUUCAGGGGCAAGUAAAAGUUUAUGUUUUGGCAGUCAGAGCAGCAGGAGGAAACCUUCAUGUGCUGCAAGGUAUUGGUUUUUUCUUGAUCAAAAGAACAAGAGUCAGAUUGGUUUCAAGGUGAAAUUUGGGGAUUUAUGUCAGCAGUGGAGCCCAAAAGGUUUUCCCAAAUCCUCAAAAAGUUUUCCCAAGUGGAAACUGGUGAGAUACAGGCGGCAAAAGUUGAUUGUUAAUUUCUCAAGGAGAAGAGGAUUCCUUCCUCUUUCUUCAGAGGAAGAGGAAGAACAAAAGGUUGAGUUGUUUAGAGGAUUCAAUAGGGUUUUCAUCACAUAUUCUAGUGAGAAUGAUGAGAGGUUUUAUGGAUUUGGAGAGCAGUUCUCACAUAUGGAGUUUAAGGGAAAAAGGGUGCCAAUACUUGUGCAAGAACAAGGUAUUGGAAGAGGAGACCAGCCUAUCACAUUUGCAUCCAAUUUAGUGAGUUACAGGUCUGGUGGUGUGAGUACUACUUACGCUCCUUCUCCAAUUUACAUGACCUCAAAAAUGCGGUCUCUUUAUCUUGAAGGAUACUGUUAUUCUGUUUUUGAUUUAACAAAACGUGAUAGAGUUCAAAUUCAGAUAUAUGAAGGUUCAGCAGAAGGAAGGAUACUGAAUGGAACUUCACCUGUUGCACUCAUUGAAAGUUUUACGGAGAUCAUAGGGAGACCUCCUGUGCUUCCAGAAUGGAUUGUUUCUGGUGCCGUUGUAGGAAUGCAGGGAGGUACUGAAGCUGUUCGCCGAGUUUGGGAUCAGUUACAAGAGCAUGAUGUUCCUAUUUCUGCAUUUUGGUUGCAGGAUUGGGUUGGUCAAAGAGAAACGUUAAUUGGUUCACAGUUAUGGUGGAAUUGGGAAGUAGAUAAGAAUCGGUAUCCGGGAUGGAAACAAUUAGUCCAUGAUCUUAGAGCUUGUAACAUACAAGUUAUGACAUAUUGCAAUCCUUGCCUUGUCCCGACUGAUCAAAAGAUGAAUCGAGAAAGGGACUUGUUUGAAGAGGCAAAGAACUUGGGCAUACUAGUGAAAGACAACAAUGGGGAUACGUACAUGAUCCCAAAUACAACUUUUGAUGUAGGAAUGUUGGAUUUUACACACCCUAGAACCGGUGAUUGGUUUAAGAAGAUAUUGCAUGAAAUGGUGGAUUCUGGUGUAAGAGGCUGGAUGGCGGAUUUUUGGAAGGAUUGCCCUUGGGACGCUAAUACCUACUCAGGCGAGGACGCAAUUGCAGCACAUAACCGAUAUCCAGAAUUAUGGGCCAAGAUCAACAGGGAAUUUGUAGAUGAAUGGAAAUCUAAUUGUAAUGGAAAUAAGAAAGAUGAUUCAAAUGAAAGUUUGGUCUUCUUCAUGAGGGCUGGUUUCCGAGGAAGCUUCAAAUGGUCAAUGUUGUUUUGGGAAGGUGAUCAAAUGGUAAGUUGGCAGAAAAAUGACGGAAUUAAGAGCAGUGUCAUUGGCUUGCUCAGUAGUGGUCUCUCUGGCUUUGCCUUGAAUCACAGUGAUAUUGGCGGUUAUUGUUCGGUAAACAUGCCUUUCAUUAGAUAUUACCGGACUGAAGAGCUUCUCAUGCGGUGGAUGGAACUAAAUGCAUUCAGCAGUGUAUUUCGGACACACGAAGGAAACAUUCCAUCAUCCAACUGCCAAUUCUACUCAAACAGAAACACAUUAGCUCAAUUUGCGCGGUUUGCAAAGGUAUUCAAAGCCUGGAAAUUCUACAGACUCAAACUUGUGAAGGAAGCAGCCGAGAAAGGAUUGCCUGUUGUGAGGCAUUUAUUCCUACAUUACCCAAAUGAUGAACAUGUUCAUAGCUUGAGUUAUCAGCAAUUUUUGGUUGGAAGUGAGUUUUUGGUGGUGCCUGUGCUUGAUAGAGGCAUGAAGGAAGUUAAGGCUUAUUUUCCAAUUUCAGGAGGAGAUCUUUGGCAACAUGUUUGGACAGGGAGAGUUUAUAGAAAACCAUUGGAUUAUUCAGAGAAAAAUCAACAAGGAUUUGAAGCUUGGGUUGAUGCUCCAAUUGGCUACCCUGCUGUGUUUGUGAAAUUUGGUUCCUCAAUUGGUGAAACAUUCCUGAGGAAUUUGAGAGAUCUUAAUAUUUAUUAGAUUAAGAGGUUGACAUCAUUGUAUUUGUAAUCUGUUCAUUAAAAAAAAAUUUCCAU